UUGUGGGAACUAUUUCUUUUUUUCAUUUUGGAACUGUGGAUCUCGUUAACAUAUGAAGUGUUUUCAUUUUACCAACGGCGAAGGCCGUGACGGGGGAGAGGAAAGCGGUGGCGGCGGCGUUUCUAGGGCGUCUUCGAAGGUGACGUGGACAAGGUCAUUAAGCGUUGCAUCAAGCAGCGUCGACACGCGUCGUUCCGAGUUCGAUUCAGAGUCGUCUAGGGACUUUGCGUCGGCCGUGAGUUUCUGCGAGUUCCUGACUCAGCGUCGAGCUAACGAUCUGCGUGUCUUCACAUUCGCGGAGCUGAAAUCAGCUACGCGCGGGUUCAGCAGAACCCUUCUGAUAGGUGAAGGAGGGUUCGGUUGCGUUUAUAGAGGCGCCGUGAAGGUUUCCGAUGAAGCUAACGGCGGACGUGAUUCAAAGUUGGACGUCGCCAUUAAACAGCUCAAUCGUCACGGUUUCCAGGGGCACAAGGAAUGGAUCAAUGAAGUGAACCUAUUAGGCGUAGUUAAGCAUCCGAAUCUUGUUCGAUUAAUCGGGUACUGUGCUGAGGACGACGAGAGAGGGAUUCAAAGACUUCUAGUCUACGAGCUUAUGCGAAACAAAAGCUUGGAGGAUCGACUUUUGGCUCGGACCACACCACUGCCGUUACCUUGGGUGACAAGGUUGAGUAUUGCUCAAGACGCUGCUCGGGGUUUGGCUUACCUACAUGAAGAAAUGGAUUUCCAGCUAAUAUUUCGAGACUUUAAAACAUCGAAUAUUCUACUAGAUGAGGACUUCAAUGCGAAGCUUUCGGACUUUGGACUGGCUAGACAAGGACCUACCGAAGGAUGUGGGCAUGUUUCAACAGCAGUUGUCGGCACGGUAGGUUACGCUGCCCCAGAGUAUGUGCAAACCGGCAGGCUAACUGCUAAGAGCGAUGUUUGGAGCUUCGGGGUGGUUCUAUACGAGCUCAUCACAGGAAGACGAGCGCUAGAAAGAAAUCUACCUCGAAGCGAGCAAAAGCUCCUCGAAUGGGUGAGACCUUACAUAUCAGAUUCAAAGAAAUUUCACCUUAUCAUAGACCCUCGCCUCGAAGGACAGUAUUGCAUCAAAUCAUCUCGGAAACUAGCAUCCAUGGCAAACAAAUGUCUGAUGAAAAACCCUAAAUCCCGCCCCAAAAUGAGCGAAGUGGUCGAGAUGCUAGGCAACAUCAUUAGCGAGACUUCAUCUCAAUAUGAACCGGCCUCUCGAUCAAUAGGCGAAAACGAAGACACCAAGGAAGAAAGUGAAGUGGAGACCGAGGUCAAGUCCACGAAGCAAGGACACAAUUACUUGAAGAAGGUGUUUGAUAUAAAAGAAAUAAUUAGCUUACGAAACCGAUCGGUUGGGAAGUUAGAUUGGAGAAAUUGGACGCCGGGGUUGGUGAGAACUUGGUAACGGCGAACUUUCCGUGUCGGACUAUCUGAAUCAAAGAGAAACACGCACUACGAAUAUGAUAUGUUUAGUUCUUCAAACAUUUAAACAAUAAUUUAUUUCUUUCUCCAACUCUUUUUGUUGAAAAGUUGUAAAUAUGGUUUUUGCAAAGAAAAGAUGCAUUUGGUUCA